AUGGCUCUGUUCAUGGAUUCAGACUUCUCUUUACUCAAGCAGAACCAGCAGAGAGACGUGAUGGAUUUUAAAGCGUUAUUUGGAGAACAGAAUCAUUGUAAAGAGCCGGACAGGUUGAUGGAGGGUCAGAGGAAGAGGAAGAGGACCAUCUUCAGCCGAGCCCAGCUGUCGGAGCUGGAACAGGCCUUCGCUGUGACUCCCUACCCGGACAUCACCCUGAGGGAGAGGCUGGCCGCUCACACACACCUGCCCGAGAGCAAGAUACAGGUGUGGUUCCAAAACAGAAGAGCCAGAAGUAUCAAGACUGGCAGACUCCCCAAGUCUGCCAAGCCUUUCCUGGGAGAUAGAGGGGCUGCGGCACCGUCCCCUGGACCCAUGACCUCCACUCUCCCCACCCCAACCACUCUGCAAGACAUAUUCAGGCCAGAGCAGAACCACCACUCUGAGGACAUUCCACAAAUUUACUCAGACUGGAUUCAAAUCUACAGCAACCCUGUAUCAUCACCCCCAUCCUCCUCAUCUUUCCACCAGCAGCCCUCAUUGGGCGCCUCAAAGCCUUCAGAGUCUCGUCUCUGGGAGGAGGACCACCACCGGCAGCAGCAUUUGGGACCAGCACUCCCCGGUUUUCUUCCCAGUUCAUAUUCCCAGCCCAUCGCCAGGCAGUCUCACCACUCUGCCUCUCCCCGCUCAUAUCAGGCUUUCAGAAACUUUAAGCCUCAGAACUUGGUUCCACCUGGCACUCAUCAGCCUAUGUACGGAGGCAGCUCUGGAGGUGGAGGUCAUGCCUCUGUGGACCAGGUAGUCCCUUCUCACCCUCAGCCGAUGUACUGGGAGGUAACCCAGGGCCAAGGACAUCACCAUCACCAUCAUCACCACCCACAAAUGGGACCACAGACCUCCAUGGGAUACAUCUCAGACCUGAUCUACAAUGCUGCUAUUGUCACUAACUUUCUUGAAUUCUGAUGGCCCUGGAUGUGGAGCGUUAGCUGUGGAAAGUGUUGAAACUGGUUAUUGUUGCAAUCACAGCUCCCAUUUCACAUUCCCUUAUAUUUCCCUUUACGACACUUUCUGUGUCUCAGUCUGUCCCGUGUGUUACUGGAGUUAAUAGAAAGUAAACCAAACAUACUGUAAGCCUACCAUAUAUGUAUAC